AUGCAGCCUGAUAAAGGCGCUCGUUUCCGGCUGCACGCCAUCCGUCAUCUGGAGGUGGGGGUCGCUCUGCUGGUCAAACUGUCUGCUGCUCCAAUAGAUGACUGCAGGGCUGCUGCUGCUCCUUACGCCGCCGCCGCGUGGCCUCCACCGCCGACUUUACAAAGUUUAAUGUUUGUGAGAAUCAGAAACUGAAAGACUUUUCCUCAGUGAGUCCAGAUACUGAUCCAGGACUCUGUUAAACACCUGAGACUCUCAGAAAUCCACUUCAUGAGAGUUUUUAUCACUCUGUCCGGUGUGGAGUCACUCCUGGACUCAGUGAAUGAAUACUAAUCACUCGUUUAUGAUGCAGAUUUGGCCAACAGCCUGAGGGAGAGCAGGAAGUGUCGUCUUUUACUGAAGGUGCAGCGUGACCUCGGAGCGACCCGCCGUUAAAGAGGGACAAAUGUUUCUGCGGUUAAUAAGCGGAGAGCUCGUAAAAAGGUGCAAAUAUCGGGACUUUAUCACAGAGGGGAGGUGGAGUUGGAGAGGACCUACGGCUCUUAGACGAGGACGUAAAAGGAAACACAAAGGUAGCUUAGCUUUAGCAUCGAGAAUUCGUGAGUAAAAACGGCGAAUUUAGGAAUUUCUAGAAGUCUAGAAGUAGAUUUCCUCCUCUGCUUAUAUGACUAAAGAGACAACUUGUUAUUGUGCGAUUGAAUCUGCGGGUUCUUGUGAGUUCUCGCGAUUUCUGCUGUUUGUAAUCCGCCACGAAAUUCGCCUCACCAACGGACUGGCAGAUGGCAGCAAUGGGCGCCAUUCCAGAUGCGAUGAAAAUUGAGGGUUAGUGUUUCAGUGUUUCAUGACUGACCUUUGGUGAAACGGUGACAAACAUCCACACCUUCUCUCUAGCUAGCUCGCUUGUCUCAGCUUUUGUUUAUCAGCUGUAUUUUCUCUCCUGUCCGAUCAAUAAACUGAUGAAAAGUCAGAAGUCCAGAUUCAUCGUUUUCACGUCUUUCUCUCCACUUUCAGAUCUGAUCCCUCUUUUCUGAGUCGGAGUGAAACCUGCGCUCUGUGGACUUAUUUUGUCGGACGUGGACCAGCUCUGAGUGAUGUGAGCGGAGAGGCCACUCUGGUCACCCCGCUCCCUCCUGACGGCUGAAUAAUGCGAGCGCCUCCAUUCGAUUCACGUCCCCGCCGCUGCGUUCAAAGACACUUAAUUUCAUACUUGUUUACGGCUCUCUCCAGAGAUCUAAAGUUCAGAAUCACAUGCAUUUUUAAUUCCAAAUUAAACCAGAGAAGAAGAAGGAGGAGGAGGAGGAGGAAGAAGAAAUUCCACGUUCACUUCUUCUCCACGUUUUGACAAACAUGACCUUCCCUCGCCGGGGUGGAGGGAUUAUGUGGAACAAAAGUUGGCCCACUCGCCGUACCAGGGCUUAAGGCUAUUGGGGCGACAGAUUAGAAUAUCUUUCACCCUCUGCGGAGAUAAGAGAGACACGAGCAUCUGAAAAAAAAAACAUAAUGAACUCCUGAUCUCUCACCACCAAAGAGCACGUGUGAAGUGGAGAUUCAUAAAUCUUCCCCACAGUGAUGCAGAUUUGUGGAUUUUUCCUGCUAAUGCUUAAACAUGAUGUGGUUUAUCAAAGGUUGGAGGGAUCUUUUUGUCUUUCCCCGGAGGAGCCCCAUCUCUCCUCCUCCCUCCUCGCCUGUUUUGUUGCCGUAUUUCGUUUCUUAUUAUCCCCGAUAAUUACAAAUAUGUCAGGCGUGUCAGCGUGUGACGUGUACCGACGCCGGGAACGUGGUGGGCCGGCCCGGCGGCCGCGGUGACACGCCGAUACAUCUCAGCCUCUCCCGCUCUCAAUUAGCUCGCGGUGCUCCAGGUUAAUGGAACUUUUGAUUGGGGGAAAACUCGGGUUUCCUGGACGCCGGGGCUCGCGUCGGGGGGUCGACCUCGUCCUUAUCUGGCGCUGCAGAAAGACGAGGCGCUCUGCUGCUCUUUGGUGUGUUUUCACUCCACCUCAGUGUACCGAACGCCGCGCUCUGAAUGCUUAAAUCCUCCACGUUUCAGAGUGGACUGUUUGUAAAAGUGAGUGAAUUUGAGAAGAGUGUGGAAUAAUCAUAAAAUACAUAAUAAUGUCGUCAAAAGAACAAAGAGGCGGGACUCUGUAGUGGAAAUAACCACAUGGGAUUAAGAACUAAACCACUGCUGGUUUUAAGAGUGCACACAGGAAACUCGAUAUAACUCAGUCAGUGAUCAAUGAGGAUAAAAGAGGAAACAGGGAGAGUUUGAGUCUUUUUUCAGGUAGAUGUGGCGUCACAGAGCAGCAGUCCGAGAGCGAAGAGGAGGCCCAGUUUCCUCCUCUUCCUCGCCCGGUCAGAGAGGUCAGCAUCCCUCUGCACAAACCUCCUGCAGCCAAACACAACCAGCUAUCAGAGGACGACAUGAAACCCCCCCGCUGCCCUCCUCCUCCUCCUCCUCCUCCUCCUCCUCCUCCUCCUCCUCCUCCUCCUCCUCCUCCUCUUUGGAUCAGUGCGUCUCCUCUGCUCGUUUGCGGCCGUGUUGGAGGGAAGGUGACUCAAGAGAAACGUUCCUGUAAUUUCCAAAAAAAAAAAAAAGAAAAGAGCUCAAGGUGGAAUUGUUCUCCGAGGGGAGAAGCUGCCACCUCUCCUCCUUUCCUUUCUCCCCCCUCCUCCUUCCCCUCAGUUUACCUAACUCCCCUAAAACACACACACACACACAGACACACUGUCAGAGAGUCCUCCUGAGGAAUGGCUGGCGAGCAGAGAAGAAAUGCGGCCUGACAAUCUCCCCUUCCCCGCGGCGGCUGGAUGCCAGAAAGGAGCGCGGUUUCUUCUCCGAGAUCUUUUAGCGGAGAUGCCAGGGAUUAAGAAAGAAAAGACUGCGGGACACGAGUGUGUCACCGAGCAUUAAACAGCCCUAAACUCUCCCGUUAUGAGAUACUCUGUGCAAAAUAGGUCAGAGCGGGCGAAAACAGAAAACAGAGAGGGUUUGAUUUCUUCUCCUUUUUCCUUCUCCUUUUACCUCCGGCCCUGACGCCUCCUGGACUCUUGUGUCGGCGAUCAGACUAAAACACGCUCAACGUACGAGACAAUAGGUGCUGAUUUACUGCCAAACUUGACAUUUAAGAGCAGACAAUAAGGUGUUAAAGUCCUGAUGUUGAAAAUAAGAGACGAGAUAAAAGAGCUGAGCUUUCAGGAAUCUGAGCUCUCGCCUGAAGUCAAAAAAUUCAACCAGAAUGAUCUUAAGAAGAGGAAGAGUUCUUUCAAACUGUCUGACGUUAACUUUUGGUUUAUUUACAGGUGAGAGGAGUGAAGACGACACAAAGAAAGAGACCCACAGUGACACAGGACUCAUGUGGAGGUGGGUGAAAAUGUGUUAGCGCUCGCCUCUGAGAGUGGAGCUGAUGUGCAGCAGAAAAAUCAGAAAUUCUGAGUCUGUUUGUUAAAAAAAAACUUUAUUUCAGUUUGUUUCGAGGAAAAAUCCCGUCUGAUUGACUGUCCUCCUCCUUGUUGUUAGUGUAAAUACAGUUUUUCUCUCAGAGUUGCUGCAGAAGUUGUUUUUAAAAAGUGAAACUAAAGUUUGAAAAGUUUAGAGGAAAUAAAUCUGGAGUCAUUACAGACAUGUCUGUGCUCCCUCUCCAACACCGCUCCUUAAAAUCAGAGUCACAGACACCAGAAUUCAUGAUCCAGGUGUGAAAUAGAGAAAAAGAGUCGUUUAUUUGUUGUUGUUUAAACCCAGAAAACAGUGAAAUACCUUUAAAACUUCCUCAAUUUGUGUCUGUAAGACAGUCAGACAUUAUUUCUGCUUUUAUUCUGUGACUCAGUCGAGUUGAUUUGGUUGUAAAAAGUUUCUAAAAUCAUCCUCCAAUGAUGAUGAUGAUGAUGAUGAUGAUGAGGGUUUAGCUUCACUCUUGAUAUAUUUACAGGUUUGUUGUUCUGAAAAGUGUCGGUCUAAGUUUGUAGAUCUCAGAUAAAUAAAGGAUCAGAUAGAGAGGCUCUUUCCUCAGAGUUGCGUCACAUUUCUGAUACUAAAACGUUUUACUUUGAUUGAAUACUUGAUGCGGCGGAGACUGACAGAGUUAACGUUUGUCCCUGAACAAAAGCCUGAACAGACGUAGUAAAUGUUUAUAACCUCUCCUUUCAGACGUCACGGCGCCCUAAAAAAACCUCCUCGGCCGUCACCGCCGUCAUCAGAGCCGCUGAAAGAAAAGCGUCCAAAAGUUUCCCGUCGUCUUUGUCGUGUUUGCUCGGCCCGCUCUGAAUAA